AUGCACCACUACGACCAUUCCACACACAGCACCUCAGGAGGCGGAGAUGAAGAGUGCGGGAAAUGCUGCUGCUACUUCUUCGUCCUCGGCAUCAACAUCGCCAGCAUCCUCCUCUGCAUCAGGAAGAUGUCCCGCUACCUCCGCAUCGCCCUCCUCUGGAUCUAUGUUGCCACUGCCGUCCUCACGGCCGGACUUCUCAUCAGUAUCAACGUCCUCGGCACCAAUAAGUUCCAGGCUGCGCCAACAGACAUGCGCAAAGUAGAGGACCACGUGAACAACGCCUUCUGUCAGAGUCUCACUCUCAACUCCAGUGAUCCUUUCGAAGCCUACACCUUUGACAAGGAACCCGUGGUAGAUCUUAACAGGACUGAGGAGUUUACUACAAGCUAUACGAUGACAAUAUUUAGCCAGAAUUACGAAUACUGGGGGUUCUAUCUCCUCCCUGGGUCAACACUACGGCUCAACACCUCAUAUUCAAAAUUCACGACCCUAUUUGUCAUCCAAGGUGAAAGCAACCUUCAAACAUGGCUAGACGGUAAAGGAGACUGUAGUGGGUGUUACAUCUACAAACACGACUUGCUGUCUCUUGACACCUAUGCAAUGAACUCCACAGAAGCAGACAACUAUUUCUUUGUGUUCUUCAACGAUGGACCGUAUGGUGCAUCAUCGACAGCAAACUUCUUCCUCAGACGGACUUUGUAUGAUGUGACGAAAGCGACAUCAAACUGUACGUUUGUCCCAGGUAAACCAUCUUGCCGCUUUGAUGUCUCUUUUAACCCUGAACAGAGCGUGGUGUUUCACAGCAGCCGGAGAGCCCGUCACCAGAGCAUUGACAUGUGGAGCAGUUGUAAGGCAAGAGCAUGGAUGUACGUGAUCGUGUUCGCCCUCCUCCCCAUACUGGUGGCUUCAGCUCUCUCCUUCCUCUUCUGGAAGUUCUGUAAGGAGGACAGAACAGGGGAGAAACAGGCUUUGGUCUCUGAUCAAGGACUGGAGGACGUGUUGUCUGACCAAAAACUGGAGGACGUGGUGUCUGACCAAAAACUGAAGACUGAAGAGUUAACGAAAACAUUUUGUGUCUCUAAUAACACUUGGGAAAUGGUUCCAUCAGGGAAAGCAUUAAUUUCAAGCGAUAAAACAAAUUUUUAAAGCGUUCUUACCAUGAAUGUAAAUUCUCGGAGUUUCAUAAUUUCACUGAAUUUAGGCUGGCGCUAUUUGAACUGGUGCCCAUCAUCAUAGUACCUUCAUAUGACUUUGAUUUAGUCCGAAAUUUAUCAUGAUUAUGUAUAUGUUUUGUUGCAUCCCUUUGACCUGGACUGUAGUCUGUAUGUUCUGAACCAGCCAUGUACCGUUAUUACCUCUGAUGAUCAACAGUUUCAAACGGGAUUCUACCUCGCUAAAAAACUAUAUUUUUUAGCAUUAAAUAUUUUUUUAAAUAACAUUUUCA